GCGACCUUGGCUGGGUUGGGGAAGCAGAAGCCGAGGCACAGGGGCGUAACGCUGCGUGUGUGAGGAGAGAGAGAGAGAGAGAGCGGACGCGCGAGGGGCCGCGUGCCGUCCCCAUCCGGCGCGAGCUGCCUUCCUUGAAGUUGCGCCUGGCCUCCCCCCUCCCCUCGCUCUCUCUUUUUUUUCUUUUCUCCCCCUUCGCCUCACGCGCCCGGUAACGGUCUCCAACGGCGCAUUGUGAGGCGCCCGCUGGCGUCAGAAGCAGGGGCUCGCGCGCCGGCCGCCAAGGGAGGGAGGAAAGACAGGAGAAGGCGGGCAUGCGGUGACCGCUCCGCCCGCCUGCCCUCCCCAGGGCGGCCCCCUUCUUCUUCUUCCCUCCACUCGAAGGGGAAAGGAGAGCGCUGGGCUUCCCCUCAUGAACGGCGGGGAAGGGAGAAAUGGGGGCGGCGGGGAGCCGCAGCCUCGAGACCCCGCCCCGCCCUCCUCCUCCUCCGCAGGGCCGGGCCCCAGCCACAGCGCCGAGAAGCAGCCCGAGACCCGCUCGGUGUGCAGCAACAGCAGCAGCGGCGGAGGCGGCGGAGGAGGGGGCCCCAUCUGCAAGAUCUGCUUCCAAGGCGCCGAGCAGGGUGAACUAUUAAAUCCUUGUCGAUGUGAUGGGUCAGUACGAUAUACACAUCAGCUUUGCCUUUUGAAGUGGAUUAGUGAAAGAGGGUCCUGGACCUGUGAACUCUGCUGUUAUAGAUACCAUGUGAUAGCAAUCAAAAUGAAAAGGCCUUGUCAGUGGCAAAGCAUUACUGUAACUCUGGUUGAGAAAGUUCAGAUGAUUGCUGUCAUUUUGGGAUCACUGUUCUUAAUAGCAAGUGUAACUUGGCUUCUGUGGUCAGCCCUCAGUCCCUAUGCAGUAUGGCAAAGAAAAGAUCUCCUUUUUCAAAUCUGCUAUGGAAUGUAUGGUUUUAUGGAUAUAGUGUGCAUAGGACUUAUUGUACAUGAAGGUGCAUCUGUCUCUAGAGUAUUUAAACGUUGGAGGGCUGUCAAUCUGCACUGGGAUGUACUAAAUUAUGACAAAGCUACGGAUAUAGAAGAGAGCAACCAACGAGAAUCCUCAACAUCUAGGACUUUGUGGUUACCACUAAAUGCAUUUAGAAACAGAAGUUUAGUUCAUCCAACGCAGUUAACCUCGCCAAGAUUUCAAUGUGGUUAUGUUUUGUUACAUCUUUUCAGUCGAAUGAGACCCCAGGAGGACUCAUCAGAUGACAACAGCUCUGGAGAGGUUGUUAUGAGAGUGACAUCGGUGUAAACGUUCGAUUCACUGCGCUACCUUCACAAGGACAAAGCACCCUGAACUCUUUUACAGUAUUCUGGAAUGUAAUUGCAAUGAAUGGUGAAACUAUAGCACAUACAAUUAUAUAAACAUUUUUUAAUUUAUGCUUUUAUAUGAUCAGUUGAAUUGCAAAUACAUUUUCUUGAAAAAGGUCUUUUUCUUUUUAUACCAUGAUUUAUCACUUUUUAAUCUAUUUGUACUCAGCAUUUAUAAAAAUAUAUAUAAUUUACCAAUGGCUUUAAUAAUGUCGAGACAAAUAUUUUAAACUACAGCUAUUUUUGAUAGAUUUAAGUAUAUUUCCAAAGUUCUAAGCCAUUUCCCCUUUUCCAGACAUGGUAACUGAGAUUAAUUGGAUGGCUUGUGCUAAGUAAAGCAAACAAGUUCAUCUAAUGUAGUAUUUCCAUUUGGAUAGUCAUGUAUAUCUUUCCCUUUUCUCUUCAGGAAAACACACAGAUUAUUUGGAGCCUGUGCACUGGAUAUAUCCAAUAUGGAAUAAAGUGUAAAGUUAAUGGAAGAGCUGCCCUCAAAGUCAAAUAGUUUUGCAAGGCUGAGGAUGUUGGGUAUCUUCUGCAUGAACAGUGAAUUCUUAUUCUUUGCUCAUCUAAAUGAUAAAAACAUUAUUAAAGAUAUUUGUUAAUAAUAUACAUAUCAUGGACCAAUUUUACAUCACAUUUUGACAAAUGAAAUUAAAGAGAAGGGAAAUCCUCAUCUAUUUCAUUAAAGGGUAAAGGAGAUUUUACUAGAAUUGAAUUCAGAGCUUGCAACUGCUACACAAGCAUUUAGCCAGAACCAUUCAUUUCCCAAGUUGAUGAGAAUAACAUGCUAUUUAUUUUAUUUAUUAACUGGAUUACAUUCAGUAACACAGAGAAAUAUUGCCUGAUUGUAUCUUAGCUAUCUGUUUUGUUGUAUCUUUUCCGUUCCACAGUUCAGUGCAUUUAAAUUAUUUAGAAUCAGUCUUCCCUUUCCACUUGAAAAGGAAAUCUUCUAAAAACUGGCUAUCUCUGCAGAAAAAAUGCCUUAUUUAUCUUGCUGACAACUCUAGACAGAGUUUCACCAACUAAGACUAUACAGCAUCUGUAUCCUUCCUAGCCUUUUAUCUUGCCGUGAGACUAGAAAACAAAAAGAGGCUCAAAAUAGUGCUGGAGGUUGGACAGUAUAUUUCAUGGAAAUUAGACUAAGUUUCAUCUAUGCCUCCAGAGACCAAAGGUUACAAAAUAGU